ACUUUCGGCCGACGUCAUAGCCCGAAAUGUGCUCUGCACACGGCACCCAAAGAACCACAGUCGUGCCGUGUGCAAAACACGUGUAAGUGGUGGUACGCACUUUCUCAGUCCGUGGCGAACAGUGCUGACUGCCCUCAGAAUGAGUGACAGGGAGUGUUACAAGUGCCACGAGAUUGGCCACUUCGCCAGGGAAUGUCCCUCGGAAGGCGGUCGCGGCGGCGGUGGACCCAGGCGGGGCCCAUCUCGUGGUGGCUUCCGUGGCAGGCGCUCGGAAGAUCGCUGCUUCAGGUGUAAUCAGAAGGGACACAUUGCCAAGGAUUGUACUUCACCUGACGAUGUGUGCUACAACUGCAGGGAGUCAGGCCACAUCGCCCGCGACUGCCCCAAACAGAUGUCUGAUGAGCCUUGCUGCUACACCUGUGGCGAGCCUGGCCACAUCGCUCGCAGCUGCCCCAGCAACACCGCAAAGUCGCAGGAGUGCUACAACUGCGGGGAAAUCGGCCACUUGGCUCGGGAGUGCAACAUGUCUCGGGACAACCGGCCACGUCGCGGCGGUGACGGCCGCAGCUGCUACAACUGCGGGGAGACUGGCCACAUCUCCAGGGACUGCCCCGAGGCCAGGAGCGCUGGCAAGUGCUUCAAGUGCGAGGAACGCGGCCACUUUGCCCGUGAUUGCCCUUUGAAUAAGGAACAAGAUCAGAUGUAACGAGCCUGGUCACGAGGCGCGCAACUGCCCCACCGUCAGCACCAAUUGUUAUAACUGCGGUGAGCCGGGGCACUUUGCUCGCGAGUGCUCCUCAGUUGCGUGAAGAUUCAACCUCUGACCUAGGAUCAGCUUUUGGCAUCUCCUACGGACGAACCCCUGCCCCAAGAGUUGUGGAGGGUGGAGUCAGUACGGCAGAGCUCGCACAACGGACGUGUAUAAGAAUAAAAAUAAACUUACAAACACCUGAUGUUAUGUUAAACCGAUUAUAUCAGCCUAUGUAUAAUCUUGACAAAAAAUUUUGUGUAGUGUUGGAGGGGGAGUUGGAGUGGUCAGGGGGCAGCUACUAUUUUGCAGUUCGUUGAUUGUGUUGCACUGUUUGGGGCACGUUGCACAUGGGGAGGUGUGUGCACAUGCACGUCAUGCGUGUGCAGAUGCUAACUGCAAAGUGCAGGUGUAACGAGGCGGUGAACCAACUUAAUUUUCACAUCUGUGGCGUAAAGGGGAGGGCGGACCUGGAGUUCCCCAGGUUUUGUAGACACCUUUGGAUGGAUGUGGACUUCUGUGGUUUCGGGUUGACAAUGGAGAAACACUGCUCGUUUUUGACAAUUUUUAUUCUAUUCUCUACAUAGCACAUGGGAUAUUUGGAGUUCUAAUCUCAGCAGAAGUUGGAAUCAGUGUGCCUGAUUCCCUCCCUAACCACAGGACUCCCAUCGCUCCAAAGGACGUAAUAGGUAGAAGAGCAACGUUUACUGAGAAGUUGCUUUUGCAUCAGCCAUUUUUGUUUGUGAUUGACAGUUUGCAACAGUGGGUAUCCUUCAUAUAAAGAAUCCUUUUCAACUUUGUUCUCUCUUACUAGUUAGUAUUUGCACAGCAUCAGUUGGCAGUUUAGAAACUGUAACAGUUAGUAUUACCAUGGAAAGUUGCAUGUGGAUUUUGUCAAUGCAGUAUGAUAACCAAUAUUUCUACAGUUGUUCCCACUCGCAUGAAGCCAAGACAAUUCUUUGAUUUUCUGACUUUCUGUAGUGAAGGUAUGAUAUGCUUUAGUGAUUGUAGGUGGAUAGGUAUGAAUGUAUCACACGUAGAAGUAUAGUACUCAGUGCAGUCUAUAGCCUUUGUUUAAGAACCCGUAAUGCUUUAAGGCAACAGUUAAGACUUAAGAAGUUGUUACCCCACGAAUUUAUACACAUGAGUGGAGGAGAGACGAGAGCACUACCGGAGACCUCUGCAGACAAUAUGCAAAAAUUGUUCGUACAACACCAAGAAGAAAAGUACUCACUUAGACCACACAGUUCUAAAUUUAGAACUAUCAACUACUCAUGCUGCAAUCUUGUGCAUCAUACUUCUUUGAACAUGACAGAACAAAAUGUUCUAACUUCAUUCACAACAUGUUGUUUGCGAGUUCCUGCUUUUGAAGUACAGUAAUUUUUGCUUUUGCAUAACUUGUCUCCCAGGGGUCUCCAGUAUAAUUGUUUCAUUCAUUUAAGGUCUGAGAUAAGAAGACCAGUGUUUCUGCAUUGUACCUAUUGAAGUUAGAUAACUUCUCGCUGUGGAGGCAGCAGAGUUCCUAGUACUAUCAUUGUGGCAGGAGUAGUGAGGAGGCGCCUAGCAGAAAAUGCUCCGUACUCAGGAAAGUUUAUCAUCUGUGUUUUUCAAACGUGGCUCCAGUGUGCGAUCAGAGGAGGACUUCACAUGUGUUCUUGUGCCUAUCAUUACCAAAGUUUCAGCCUGGCUGUCGCCGCCAUGACAGCGAGGCUGCUACGUCGGGAGCCAUGUUUGAAAGUUGUCUGUUGUGAGACAGACGAGGGGGUCGCUGUUUCAACUGCCUUUUUUCCCAGCCUGCCUGAAACAGUGACCCCUGGAGGAGAGAGGAGAGGUGGAAAUAAAACAGUUCAGUGCAAAUAUUUUGUUUGGGGUGAUUGGCAUGAUAAAAAGAAAAACAAUUGCAUGUGCAAUUUGAAAAGCUCGUUUUGUACAUGACAUUAUAGUCAAGAAUUUUCAGAAAAAUGCACUUGUGACUUGAACUUUACUUUUACUUUCACCAUAUAGAGAUGGCAUUGUCAACCAUUUUCAACUGUUAAUUGUCAGUCAUCCCAACUGGAAUUCUUGCUUUGUUGGCAAACUAACUGUUCUGGUCAAAGUGUCAGUUUGACACCCCAGCUGCCAGUCUUGGCCACAGGAAAGAAUGGCAGGGGGUGUUAAACUAAACUCUGAUGUACCAAAAAGGAGGUACACAAGACACCGCAGUGUCAUUGUCAUAUUUGGAGAAGUUACUAAAGUGCCAUGGACAAAACUUAAAAAAAAAAAAACCUUGAAGGUGCUGUAUGUUGGAAAGGAUGUACCAGGCGAAUUCUGUAUCAGAGCUCUUAUUUUGUUUACAGAGCACUAUUGAGCACAGAUUUAAAAAGAAAAAAUUGUAAAUUAUUUUUGGACUAGUUUAGCUGGACACCUAAGGAGAGAUGGAGGAGCGAUAGGAUGCAGGUACCAAUAUUGUAGUUAUGUCUGCUUUGCUGGGGAGACCACAAAACCUAUUUUAUAACAAUAAAGUAGGCGUUGGAGGAGA